AUGACGAGCAAGUUAUUGGACGACAGGCAGUUCUUGAAGAAAGUGGGGGUAGAUGCAAGCUCAAAGCCCUGUUCACCAGAAAGCCGAAGAUCAUGGCAGAAGCUUCCCCUAACAGACUGUGAAUCUGACCAUGGUUUAUUGAUUACUCAUAUCAACCAGGCGCAUGAUCUUUUGAAAGUGAGGAAUACAGCAAUGGUCUUUUCUGGAUUGAAGGCUACCAAUGACUGGAUGCAGAGCUACAGUUUAGAAAACAUGAAGCUUACACUGGACGAUCUGAUGAAGAGGGGCACUGUUGUGCUGGAUGAGAACGAUGCAGAGCAGCUGAAGUUUACUGCAGAGGAUGUUGGCGAUUUUGAAUUACGGCUGCAUGCAGUGAUUGAUCUUUAUGACAAACGAAUUCAGUGGCUCUUACAAGACAGCAGAAAGCUGUUUGGUGUUAUACAAGGGAGCAGAAUUGGAGUUCUGAUUGACACGUCUGAUAUCACUUGUGGGCCAAGACUCCUUGAUUUCCAAAAAGACCUUUUGCAUUUAGUCGAUGAGCAGUUGUGCUACGUGAAGCGCCUAUAUUUCCUUUCCUUUGGAACCGAGGUGUCGCCUCUUUGGGAGGGGUCCAGACCCAUCAACGUGGACAAUUUAUAUGAAGCAAGGCAAUGGGUGAAGGAACUAAGGCCCAGCGGAGGCUGCAACCUGUUGAAAGCUUUGAAGAAGGUCCUCGUGCGGAAAGAACUGGAUGCUCUGGUCAUCAUUGCAGGAAGCUGCCCAGAUCAGUCCUCUGAAAUAUUAUCUGAUUAUAUCCAACAAUGUACCCUGGGGAGAGAUCUGCUGAUCCAAAUGGUCACCUACGAGUGUAGCAGCCAGGUGCCUCCUGCUGUUUUUAAAAGUGUUGCCGAAGCUGUUGGCGGCCAUUAUCACAGCUGCUGUACAAAAGACGAGCGUUACGACAGCAAUGAUCUGGACAUGAUCCUUGGGGAGCGCAAAAGAGCCAAGGACUUGCUCAAUGUCAUAAAUAAAAUCUAUAAGGGAAAGGUGGGCCUUGCACAUUUUAGUUUAAUGCCAGAGAGUUUCUCAGAGGUUGCGCUGCUUCCUUCGGCCAGCUCACUGCCGAAGCCACCAAACCACGAAGGACCUCUUGUGAUACAAAUCCCAGAUUUCCUGGCCCAAACUUCAGCAGAAUGGAUAAAAACCAAUGGGCUGAAAGCCAAGAAGCUGAGCCUGUACCAAGUUCUGGCACCAAAUGCUUUUUCCCCUGUGGAAGAAUUUGUCCCUAUUCUUCAGAAAACCGUGUCAUCAACUCUGCUUGAAAAAGCAAUGAUGCAGUUUGAAUGGCAUGAUGGGACCAUUAAAAACGUCCACGUAGAUCCACCAAUAUUGUAUGACUAUCAGAAGCAGCUGACCAGGCUGGUGAGGAGGUGUGAAAGACGCAUCGAAUGGCUCUCCGCUGGUAGCAGAAGGAUGUGGGGAGCAGUUUGUGAAAGGAGGGUUGUUCUCCUUGUCGAUGUCUCUGUAGCAAAUUCCCCGUACAUAAUUCAUAUCCAACAUUCCCUGCGGCUCGUACUGGAGGAGCAGAUCUCAAGCAAGGACUGCUUCAAUAUCAUCGCUAUUGGAAAAAACAUUAAGCCCUGGCAACCAGAAAUGGUUCCUUCACACCCAGACAACUUAGAGCGUGCCUGGAGAUGGGUGCUGGCCCUGAAGUGUGAAGGCCCUCGGAAUGUCAUGAGCGCUUUCCGAAGAGCAGUGGAGGUAGAUUUCAGAGAUAAAGACCAACAUGAGUCCCAGGGAAUAUACCUGCUGACUACUGGCAUCCCUGAUCAAGAGACGCACGUGAUUAGCUCUUAUAUGGCCGAGGCCUGCAGUGGGUGUGAUUUGCAGCUUCACGUCUCUCUGUUCAGCACUGACAAUUUACCCCUGGAUGAUGACAUCCCACCUCGCUAUGCAAGCCCAGAUGAAACGGCACUUGCUUAUAAGACCAUUGUACAGGCUGCUGGUGGCCAGUUUCACUGGUUUGGAGAAACAGGCAUCUAUGAAAGCGAUGACAUCAGCAGCAUCCUCUCUGAAAUGGAGAAAGCAGUCAGCUAUUCCCAUAAGUGCGCCUUGCUAGUGAAAUCCUUAAAACAACGAUCAGGAACUCAUCCAGCUGAUAAGUUGAUUACUGAGGAGAAUCUAAUAUUAGAGAGAAGGGAGAAAAGCAGACCACAGAAGUUACCAUUUCCAAAACCGACUGCCCUCACUCUUGCCAGAAUGAGUGCAAGAGACGGGCAGGAGGGAGACAGAAGCAGGUCCGCAAAAGUGUUUGCGUGGCGCCCACCAAGUGCCAAAGCAGAAAUCCCACCAGCACAGCCAAUAAAGGAAUUUUUGCUGUCGGGUGGGAGAAAGAAAUCCAGAUCAAAGACACAUCUAGAGGUUUCGCUUUCGUUAUUUUAUACGGACAAAGGGAAGAAAGUCGGUGCAGUUUACAAAAAAUAUUCCAAACCCAAAUGCGUGAGGAAGGCAAUUCCUUUUGUUGUUCUGCCCCAGGAAGAAGAAAGGUGCUCCAGCAAAGAGUGGCUCAGCAAAUACAGCAUCAAGAAACUAAAGUUAGACUUGCCUAUAAUUGUUUUCGGGCCCGAGUGCUUGCAUCAGAAGCAAAUGGUGGAAUCUUUGCACAAGAAAGUGUCGGCAAAAUACUGCAACAUUUUCCCCAGCAUCGAAAUGGAGGGCAGCGUGAAGCACUUGCACAUUCAGCCCCAGGAUCUAGAGGAGUAUAUUGAGCAAAUGGAGAGAGUCUUGCAGCGCUACGUGAAGAGAGUGCAGUGGCUUCUGUCAGGAAGCCGCCGAUUGUUUGGGGUGGUUUUGGAAGCCAACGUCUGCAUCCUGAUCGAUACCUCUGGAUCCAUGGAACCGUCUUUGGAGCAAGUCACCCAAGAGCUGACCUCCCUCAUCUGGGAACAGCUGAGGACAAAUCAGGCCAAGUUCAAUUUGAUAAGCUUUGCAGAAGAUGUUAUGGCAUGGCAAGAAUGCCUGGUGGAGGCCACGGACGAAGCAUGCCACGAUGCCGUGCAGUGGGUUUCCACAUUUCGGGCACACGGGAAUACAUCCAUCCUCAAGGCUUUGCAGAGAGCUUUCCAUCUUCAUGGUGUCGAAGCUCUGUAUGUUCUGACAGACGGGAAGCCAGACACCAGCUGCACGCUGAUUCUACAAGAAAUCGAAAUGCUAAGGAAGCAGCGAGCGGUUCCCAUCCACACAAUUUCAUUUACCUGCUCUGACAGAGGAGCCAACGACUUCCUCAAGAAGCUGGCUUGGCAGACUGGGGGACGCUACCAUCGGUGCCACGCAGAUGAGGACGGACAGUUGGCAGCCCACCGGAUACUGACGGAAGGCUUCAAAGAUGAAGAUGAUCCAGUUUUCCCUGUGUUUGAAGGCGAUGAUUUGAAGAAGCUUGCUGAAGAAGUAGCAAAAGCCAGGAAUUAUUUAGCACAAGCCAGGUUUUUUAGAUCACUACUGGAAAAAAAGAAUUUAGAUCAAAAGGAGCAGCCCUCCUAAUUCAGCAGUCUCCAGAUGCCAGUUGGAGAGGUGGGAAAGGAGGUGACAGGAACAUUCAGUACCCUGCUCUUCAUGCACCUCCAAAUCCUAAAGUGAAAAAAAAGUGCUUUGAUAAACUCCAACGUGCUCUUCUCUGGUGGUAAGGACACAGUCAGCAGAGUUGAUGAUGGAGCAGAAGACUUGAAAAACCUGCCAACAACACUUCUGAUUCAGUCUCCAGUUAGAUGCAGAAACAAAUAAUGCUUCCUGAAUCUUGUGCAUACUUGUGAUCAGUCCUUUAGGCUUGUAAUUCCACCCCAGCUUGCAGUCUUUCCUUCCGUCUCCUUCAUGGAACUGAAUGUUGCACAACUCCAGUUCAUUUCAACAGGGCUUGCGUAGGAGUUUCUUUGUGACUUGGAGCAUGUCUGUUCGCAGGAGCCAGUGAGGGUCAGCCAAUGAGGCCAUGCUGAGAAUACUACCACAGGUAGGCAGCAGAUUGUAAUUUGUCAGGUGCAUCACCUUUUCUGUGGUUGCCCCAGUAAGGAGCCAUGGUUCAAAUUACAUUUACCUCUGUGGACAAGAAAAUAUUGAGACCCUGGUACAAUUUUCAGAUUCUUCUUCAAACAUGAUGAUUGUUGGAUGCCUUCUGUUGACUUCUGGCUGACUCACCCAGCUGAAUUACUGAACCUUCCACAUUCUGAACAUUUGCACAUGCAUGCUCGUUGGAACUGAAGCUGAGCUGGGGUGGGGGUUAAUGAAAUUCUUAUGGUGUACAGAUCUCACGACCUCAUGCAAGCAUUGAACCUCAAAAGCUGUGAAACUUCAAAAGAACUGCAUUAUCUUCUGCUACAUGGAAUAUUUUUUGGCAGUUGACUGAAAGCCUCCGCCCCAUUUCUAACGUCAAUUUCUCUUCCAACUGUCCUCAAAAUAAUUUUCUCUCUACGUUGGGAAUGGUCUAAGUACACUUGGAGUUAUCUGUUUCCUGAGUGUUGGCACAACAUGAGCCAAAUAGUUUACUAUUUUGGUUAUGUGUUAUGUCAUUAAAAGUGGUGUGCAUAAUUA